AUGCCGGGAGACUGGCGCCUACGUGGGAGACGGCAUGGGGCAGACAUGAGGGCGGUCGCUAUUCGGACCCGCCGCGGAGGAUCGACGCGUCGAAACGGCGUGCGGCCAUCGCACAACCACCGCCACGACCCGACCCCGAUCCACCAGACAUUGGAGCGGCAGAGAGCAGUUUUGACGCCGGCGCCGGCGGUAGCGUCAAUACCGCGAUUAGGGUUUGGCGACGAUUCUUCAAUUCAUGGGCCACAGCAGGCAACCCAACCUGGUGCAUCUUCAGGGGCCAGAUACACGGUCAAGGGCGACGGGGAUCGUGGCAAGCAGCCAUCAGCUUCCGUCGCCAUCGAGGGCCCUUCAUCCUCGACCACUGACCUAUUGCUUCAAGUCAAAGACCUCUCCGCUGUCAUCGCCGAGUCCAAGCAGCCUAUCCUCAAGGGCGUUAAUCUUACCGUCCGCUAUGGAGAGGUUCAUGUUGUGAUGGGGAAGAAUGACUCAGGGAAAAGUACAUUUGCAAAGGUCCUUGCUGGUCAUCCAGAUUAUGAGGUUACAGGAGGAAGUGUAAUGUACAAAGGGCUUGAUCUGCGUGAGAUGGAACCUGAGGAAAGGGCUACUGCUGGAUUAUUUAUGAGCUUUCAAUCAUCAGUUGAAAUUCCUGGUGUAAGCAAUAUUGACUUCUUAAAUAUGGCUUACAAUGCUAGGAGGAGGAAACUUGGAUUACCAGAGCUUGGACCAAUUGAGUUUUAUGGCUGCGUGGCACCUAAGCUUGAGCUCGUCAAUAUGAAGACCGACUUUUUAUACAGAUAUGUGAAUGAAGGAUUCAGUGGUGGAGAAAAAAAGCGCAAUGACACGUCAUGUUUGAGCACUCUUGGAAGCAUGGACAAGCUUUUCGUUUUGGGAUGGAGUUCUGCCGACAACAUUGGGUAUCCUUUGUUGUUUAAUGAUGGAGGAGAUGAAGGGAGACGUUUAGUUGUUCGGUGUGUGUUUGAUCCAGGAGGAGAUGUCUCGCCAAAGUCGACUUUCAACUCUCUUCGUUGCUUCGUGGUUUCCACCUUGAGGACAAGGUGGAUUUUAACCGUGGGGGAGUUGAUACGAGUCUAUUAUUAUUAUUAUUUAGUUUAGAUAUAUUAGGGAUUAUCGUAUCUUUUCUUAUAUUUAUUUCUUGUUCAUUAAGUUAGGGUAGUAGUUCUAGUAUUAUAAAUAGGAUAGAUUGUUAUCUUUUUAGUCAUUCAUCCAAUUAAUAAGAAUAUUGAUUUUGCCCAACAACUCGUUCUAAACUUACAAACCCUAGCAUUCGUGCUGCCCGACGGGAGAUCCCCGCGCACAGCAGAAGCUUUGCUCCGCCGAC